AUGAUCUUCUCAGGAAGGUGUGCUUUCGCAUUGAGCGUCCCCCUUACCGCGGUGAGAGCCGUUGACAAAACGAUUGAUCCAGCACUCGUGGCGCAACUCAAGACGGCCGCUACGCAGCUCGAUCGACUGAACUUGCUGCCUGAAAAUUCAGAUUGGCUGUUUGACUACUCAGCUCAACCUUCAUUCACAUUCUCUCCUGGGUCGGUCGUUAACGCCAACGCCGCCACCUUCCCUGCAGCCGUGGGCAACGGGCUGACGCUGGCCAUGAUCAACCUUGGACCUUGUUCGAUGCUUCCACCUCAUUAUCACCCUCGGGCCAGCAACUACGUCGUUGCAGUUGCAGGUACCACGGACACCUUCUUCAUCGAGGAGAAUGGUGCGAGACUGGUAGAGAAUACCCUGACGCCGAUGAAAAUGACCAUUUUCCCGGCAGCCAGCAUACACACAAUGGUCAACAGAGGUUGUGACAACGCCCAGCUAGUCUCCGCACUUUCAAACGAAGAUGCCGGCACGCAUAACAUCGCUAAUGGCUUGUUUUCUCUCCCACCAGAGCUCGUUGCUGUGGCUCUAGGGUAUUCUGGCGUAGAUGUGAAUCAAACCGCCAGUAAAAUCCCACCGGUCGGUACAGGUAGCAUCGCAGGAACUAAAGAGUGUUUAGCAAGGUGUGCGAAGCAGAAAAGGAGUCGGGACUUCUCGAGUUAG